AUGGCGCUGCGACAAUCAUCUUCACGCCGGCCUGCAAGUGCUAUUGCGACUUCCAUACUUGUUUCCUCUGCCGUCUUCGCCUCCGCCUCGGGACACGCCCUGCCGCGCCAGACGAUGCGACCGACCGGCACCAUGGAUAUUCUGUCCUGGCCCAUGGAGCCGACCGCGAUGCCAACCAUUCCCCCACAGCUCGUCCGUCGGGAUUUCAACACCGUCUGCGGUUACAUAGGAGGCAACCCCGACCUGCCCGCGACCUGUCUGGCCGGCUCACACUGCGUCGUGGAUGCCGAGCACAAAGCCGUCGGCUGCUGUCCGGACGGGGGUGACUGUACUAAAGGCAUCUUCACUGCCUGCGUCGACGAGAACAACCCGGGCCGCGGCGUCGUUGACCCUCACAUUUUUACGUGUGGUGUUGGCGAUGUUUGUUAUAAAAAUACUUUUGAGGGCGGAUUCUUCCAGUACGGUUGCGGCUCCGCCUCCGACAUGGCUACCACGGUAGCUCUCACGGCUUCGGGCGAGGCUGCCGUGGCCUACACCAGCGUUUCCGUUUCUCUGCGCCCUACUACGACUCUGGCCUCGGUGACUAGCAGUGAUGGCACAAGCCCUAGUAGCACCUCGGGCCGCAAUAGUAAACCCACCGUGGCUGACCCGACCAAGGACGAUGGAGGAUCCAACCACACCAGCGCCAUUGUCGGCGGUGUCGUUGGAGGUCUCGCGGCUCUCGUGCUCCUGCUGGCCCUAGGCAUCUUCCUCUGGCGCCGAAACAAGAACCCUAAAGCCCCCGAGGCCGAAGAGGAGCCCAAAUUUAUCAGCCGCCCGCUCGCCAGCCCCGAAAACGACUACGAAGGCGAUGAUGACAUGAAUGACACUCGUCCUGCGCCUAGACCGCCAGGGCCUGGACACCACGAGGACAUGGAAUCAUGGCCUAUUCCUCCCACAGCCAAGGGCGGCAUCAUUGGUGGCGCCAACACCGUCACCGAUACCGACCGGACUCCUCUGACGCAAGACAGCGCCCUUUCGCCUACCAAUAAUAUUGAAAACUUCUCUCCUGUCGACACUGGCAGCAUGCCUCGCCGCGGUGGUGAGCGUCCAUUCUGGCAGCAGACUGGCGGUGGCCGCACCCGAAACCUCACUCGAUCGUGA